AUGCCUGUUUCAGCAUAUGAUUCGCGGAUAUUUCGCAACCUAUUCGGAACGGAUGAAAUUCGUGACGUCUUUUCAGAUGAUGCCUACGUGAAACGAAUGAUAGAGGUCGAGGCAGCGCUCGCCCGAGCACAGUCCAAAUCUGGUGUCAUUCCCGCCGCAGCAGGGGACGCCAUUACCAAGGCACUCGACAGUGUGCAGCUUGAUUUGGAAAAACUUGCUCAUGAUACAGAUAUCGUUGGAUAUCCGGUUCUUCCCUUGGUGGAGCAACUCGUGGUCCAUACACCCCAGGAGACCAGCAAGUAUAUCCAUUGGGGGGCCACUACUCAAGACAUCAUGGACAACGCCUCAAUCCUCCAGAUCCGAUCUGGCUUACAGAUAAUCAAGCGAGAACUGCGUGAACUUAUCACCACACUUGAAUCUCUCUCUAUCAAGUACCGCGACACUCCCAUGGCAGGUCGGACACAUCUACAGCAUGCACUCCCAUGUACCUUUGGUUUUAAGUGCGCCGUCUAUCUGUCUAGCAUACUUAGGCAUGCCGACCGCCUCGACGAAAUUAAGCAACGAUGUCUUUUCGUUCAAUUCGGAGGCGCCGCCGGAACUCUGGCCUCGCUGGGCACAGACGAUUCGGGGGUACGCGUGCGCGCAGCACUGGCCGAAGAGCUGGGUCUGAUUGACCCGCCAAUCACCUGGCACGUCGCACGGGAUAACAUUGCCGAGAUCUUGAACUUCCUCGCAAUCGUCGGCGGUUCCCUCGGUAAGAUUGCGCUCGACAUCAUGAUCAUGUCAUCGAACGAGCUGGGGGAGGUGUCCGAACCGUUCGUACCUCAUCGCGGCGCGUCGUCUACCAUGCCCCAAAAGAGGAAUCCCAUCUCCAGCGAAGUCGUACUCGCAGCAUCAAAGCUGCUGAGGGCCAAUGCCGGCUUAGGGCUCGAUGCCAUGGUCGCCGAUUUCGAGCGAGCAAGCGGUCCGUGGCAUCUCGAGUGGGUCGCACUGCCUGAAGGCUUUGUGCUGGCUGCAGGGGCCUUACACCAGACCAACUUUGCGCUUGGAGGGCUGGUGGUCAAUGUUGAGGCGAUGAUGAACAACUUGUGCUCCACACGGGGCUUGAUCGUUGGAGAGGCAGUUAUGAUGGGUCUAGCUCCCUUCAUCGGGCGACAACCGGCACACGACAUGGUGUACGAAGCGUGCAAGGAAUCCAUUGAGAAACGAAGGCCGUUGCUGGACGUGCUGCGUGCCAACACCCGUGUCAUUGAGACGAUUGGAGAAGACAAGUUGGUGCAACUGUGCGAUCCUACGAACUAUUUCGGUGCAAGUCAGUCAAUGGUAGACCGAAUGGUAGAGCUGUCGAAACAAGGCGCUUCCGGAGCUAGUCGAAUUGACAGUGCAUCACUAUAG